AUGGCUGCUGCUCCAGGUCUCCGGAACAGCGCCCCACUGGCAACGCUAGCAAAUCUUUCCACUGGUCUCUCUGCGCCACGUGUCGUCUCCGUCACUGCUCUGAACAGCAGCGCACGUCUCGCGACAGUGGCCUGUUCUUAUGACGUGAAAGGCGGCGGUGACAGUCAGGAGGACAGCAGCAGCAACGGCAGCAGACGCAGCAAGAGAAACAGCAGGAGUAGCAGAGCUAGCAGGAGAGGCGCAUCUGCCGACGGAGGACGGGAAAACGCAAUGGCGGUCGGGGAAGUGACCGUUGGUUUGUCGGGAAAGCUGCCUGCUUACGGGCUCGGUAACGGUGUGGACUACGGCUUGGAGCACGAUACAUGGCAGUGGGGCCCGGUGAGACCGCAACAGCAGCAGCAGCAGCCGGCGUCGCCGCCGCAACCUCCGCCGCUUCAGCUGGGAGGUCUAGAUCCCGAGGGCUGGCAGCCGUGGGGCGUUGAUCGUCAGCAGCAGCAGUCGGUCGUUCAGCAGUCGCAAUCGCUGUCGCAGACGUCGCAGCCGGCGUAUGGUGUUUGGUCGACGCGAAGCAUGUACCCUCCUUCUCCAUCAAACGCACAUCAUCAUCAGCAGCAGCAGCAGCACCAGUUUCCGAGCCUGCGUCAGAAUUACCAACCCCAUCCCGAGCCUCCUGCGUCGCCGUCUAUGUCCCCUUCGCUCGGCCCUUCCCUGUCGCACAUACGAUCGCCAUCCUUGUCGCCAUCGCUGUCGCCCGCGUUGUCGUCGCGUUCGACGCCGCCGGCGUACCAUCGCACGCGUCUGUCGGAGCCAACUCCGACGACACGUCAGCAGCAGCCCGCGCUGGCGUGGCAUGACGUCAUGGCGGAGCUGGUGCGCCGCGGGCAGCUGACGACAGCCGUUGAUGUGUUAGAACAGGCCGUUGCUGACGGGACACAGUUCGAGCCGCUCUCGCCUCUCUCUCUAUCCGAACGACCGAGCUCCACCGCCACGUCGGCAGAUCCUCCCAGCACGGCGGCGGUGCGCAGCCUGUUCGCGGCGCUCCAGAAGGCGGGCGGCCCGGCGGAGCAGGACAACUGGCAGCGCGAGGGGCGGCACCUCUUGGGGCUCGCGUCGCGGGCAUUGGAUGCAGUCGCGGCUGCCGGCUGGAGGGAUCCUCUGCCGUUCACGUGUCUGAUCACCAUGCUCCAGCGCGCCUGCCGCUCGCACGAGCUGCUCGCAUUGGUGGAGCGCAUGCGCGCGCUCGACGUGCCCCUGGACGCGUACACGCUCACCACCGCACUCGGCGCCGCCAUGCGCGUUGCUGACGUGGUCGCUGCUGAGACCAUCUGGGCCGAAAUGACCGCCGCGAGCCACGCUGGUGGUGCUGCCGGUGCUGGUUCCACUGCUGUUGCUGGUGCAGCCGUCGCCGCCGCCCCCUCUGCCGUCGCGUUCACGAUGAUGAUGUCGCUGUACGGCCGCGCCGGCCGCCUCGACGACGCGCUGCGAAUGUUUCGCGAAAUGAAGGCUGCGGGAGUCGCGCCUGACGGCAAGGCCUACUCCACGUUAAUCGGCUCUCUAGCUCGCGCGUUAAGAGCCGAUGACGUGGAGGAAUUAGUCCGUGAGAUGACGGAAGGGACUUCCGCCUCUCCCGCCGCCACCGGCGCCGCGGGUUCCGGCCCGUCUCCCUCGCAGCGCGUGCCGCCAUCAGUGUACACGAGCUUAGUCAGCAUGUACGGACGGUUGGGCCGGCUUGAUGAUGUGGCGCGUGUGCUGCGCGACAUGCGCGCGCGCAAGGCGCAGGCAGAGCAGAGCCUGUUCGUGGAGGCGGUGAAGGGGUGCACUGUGGCGCAACGCAAGGCCACCGCCGCCGCCGUCUCCGCGCAACAGAGCGCGGGAAGCGGCGGAAAGCAGCAGAUAGGCAAGCGUCUCGAGGAAGAGACGGGCGGUGUGGCGCAAGCAGCAGGGGCAACGGCGGUGGCUGUGGCGGCAGUGGUGGCGGAAAUGCGCCUGUUGGGCUGGCGCCCUGAUCCCGCCCUCCUCCGCAACCUCCUCUCCGCGCCUUCCGCCCAGUCGUCCCUCCGCUCCUCCCCGCCCUCCCCGUCCGCGCAGGCAGGGAACGCGUCCGGGGAAGAUGCAAGCGCAGGGGCAAGGGCGGGUGUGGGGGCAGCAGGGUUCGACAAGGGCGGGGAAAAGUCGAGGGGGACGGGAGCAUGGCAGGUGCAGGCUCCGCAAGGGGGUGCGGGGAGCAGGGUGGGCGGAACGAGCGGAGGGGGAAUGAAGGGGCGGGGAGGGCAGCAAUGGCGGGAAGGCAAUGGCGGAAGAAACGGGUGGGCGCAAGGCGGAGGAGGCGGAAACGGAGGCGGGGGAGGGGGAGGGGGAGGGGGAGGGGGAGAAAGGGGAGGCCCGUCUGCGCCUGCCCAGUCCGAAUACUCGUGGUUCUCGCGCAUUCUGCAGUGCAAGCGGCAGAGGAACUUCCAGGAAGCGGCGCGGGUGUAUGAGCGUAUGCGGGCGGCGGGUGUGAAGCCGCAGCAGCAGUCGCUGAGCCUGGCGAUGGAGGUCAUGGGCGAGCUGGGCAACGUGCAGGGCGCUGAACGCGCGCUUGAGGAGGUGGAGGCGGCUGGGACUCCCGUGGACAUUGUGUGUUUCAACACGCUGUUGAACGUGUACGCCAAGGCGGGGAAGUCAAGCAAAGCGCAGGCAGUGUUCACGCGCAUGCAGGCAGCAGGGGUGACCCCCAACACGCGCUCACACACGGUGCUGCUCAAAUCCCUCUCCAAGGACGGCCGGGGCAAGGAGGCCGUUGCUGCUUUUAGGGCCAUGGAGCGUGGCGGCUGCCAUCUGGACGAGAUCGCCUACAACACGGUCAUCAACGCGUGUGGAAACGACCUCCCGGUGGACGAAACCCUCCGUCUCCUCCGCGCCAUGCGCCGCAGCGGCUACCGCCCGAACCUUGUCACACGCAACCUGGUCCUCUCGCUGCUGGUCAAGGCCGGCCGCACGGCCGACGCGAGUGAACUCUUCGAGGAGGCCAGAGCAGCGGGGGAGGAGGACGCGUUCAUGUAUUGCACCAUGGCACACGCGUUUGGGCGGAGGAGGGAGCUGGAGCGCAUGGAGGGCGUGCUGGGGGACGCGGCGGCGCGGCGCAUGGUGUCUCUGCCACUGCUGAAUGCGUGCAUGGACGCGUAUGGCAAGGCGGGGCUGCUUGCGAAUAUGGAGACCUGCCUGGCGCGGAUCCGCUCGUUUGACUUUGUGCCCAACCACACCAGUUUCAACAUUGUGAUCCACGCCUACGGCAUGGCAGGCAUGAUCCCCGAGAUGGAGGAUGCACUGGCGCGCAUGAGGCGCAGCGGGCUGCGGCCCGACGUGUACUCGUACAACAUUCUCAUCGGCGCGUAUGGGGAUGCGGGCAUGCCGUGGGCGUCAGUGAGCAUGGUGCAGCACAUGCAUGCUGAGGGGCUGCUGCAGGAUCAGGUCACCUACCAGAACCUGGUUUCUGCGUUUGAACGCGCGGGGGAUUUCCUGGAAGCUGCGCGGUGGUCGCUGUGGAUGAAGCAGGCUGGCUUUUAUCCCUCUGCACUCAGCAACAGCAGUGCCGCGAGCAACGAUGGGGGCAACGCUGCUUCCAAUCGCAGCAGUGGCAGCAGCGGGGCCAAGAGUGCAGCAGGCACCUCGAACCUGCCAGGAGCAGGGCAGCUUCCAUCCGACCUGCUGUGA